UUCAAGCUGUGUUAGGUCCUGGGUGUACACGAAUGUGACCUUUUUCUUCUUGAAGUACCCAGUAACUGGGAAAUCAUUGUCGUUUAUCUCUAGUUAAUGAACCCCAGGUGUCUCUUCCCAUCUACCAGAGUAAGGAGACUCCUGUGUGUACUCUGCAGGAGAAGGCAGAAUCAUGUGAGAAAUUGGAAGAAGAAAAAGCAACCUCUAGGAAGUCUGUCAUAGUAGUAACCACUGCCUCUGGGGAAGAAAUAGAAGAUGAGAUUUUGGAAAUGUACUUCGAAAAUAAAAAGAAGUCUGGUGGGGGGAUCAUCAGGUCCUAUGUCAAAGAGGGUCAGAGAAUGAUCAUCACCUUUGAGGAUGAGCAAGAUGCCCAAGAAGUUUUGCAAAGGAAGCAUCACAAGGUGAAGAAAAUUGAUCUGUUCGUGAAGCCGUGGCAAGUGGACACUCUGCAGGAGCCAUGCCAAGCGGAGAACUCUGAAGGAUCCCUGCCUUCCACCUCAGUUGUGCUGGAGAAUAUGAAGGAGACAGUAAAAGAUUGCAUGGUUAUUAUGCUGGUAGAGAACGUCAGUGGCUUGUCAGAGGAUGAUGGUGACUUCAGUGUGGAAAUGAUCCCUGAGUUACGUGCUGCUGUAGUUACUUUUAAUGCAAAUACUGAUACAGGGGAAUUUGCUAAAAAGGUUAAUCAAAACCACAGAGCAAAGCAACAAAACAUUACUGCACGGUGCCUCGAGCUAACAAAGAGCAUUAGGGCUGAAAAUAUACCACCCAACACAUCCAGUGACUAUAUAACCAUCUACUUUGAAAAUAAGAGGAAUGGAGGUGCACAAGUGACGGAUGUUCAACAGCUGCCUGACGAAGAUGCAGCUAUCAUUACAUUCAGUGACCAUAAAGAUGUAACAAAUAUCCUGGCAAAGAAGCAUACAAUCAACAAAACACCAAUCUCUGUCUAUCCUUACUACACCUCGCUGGGAACAGCUCUAUAUGGAAAGGAAGGGCCACAGAUAAAGAAGCCAGAUCCAAUUACAUUGCCUCUGGACCCUUAUAUCUGGAAUUAUUUGCAAAAAAAUAGCAGCCUCAUUGCAGCCAUAAACUGUGAAAUGGCAAAGUGUAAUUGUGUGCCAGCAUGGCCUGAACCCCACUGUGCAGACCCAAAAGUUUCCUUGCAUCCUUCGGCUGUUUUGUCUGAGCGGAAGAGAUCAGUAUCUCAGUUGGUCAAGACAUGGAAGGAAAAUGUUUCCGCAGCCUUUUCACAAAGCAUAUCAAAGUAUGAAGCAAUUCAGUGUCAAGUAAGCGCAGAGGUGUGGGAAGCCAUUAGAAACAGCUUUCCCUGUGAUGAAGUUCUGAUGAUCCCACAUAUUUCCAAGGAUUUACUUGUUCUAGUGGGAGAAAAAGAAGUUGUGAGUAAUGUUGAAGAAGAACUGAAGGUUCUGAUUGAAAAGGCCGUCAGAGAAAUUGAAAGAGAAAAGCAAAGAACUGAACAAGUGGUGACAGUGAGUCCAGGGGAAUAUGGAAUUUUACAGGUUUCUGGUCUGGAAGAAAAAUUUCGUAUGGAGUUCCCAGGUCUGAAAAUAACUUACGAUUAUUUGCAGAAAAUAAUUAGGCUAUGUGGUGUGCCUGAGGAAGUUUAUAAAGUAAAAGGGGAAAUAUUCGAUACUAUGCACAAAAUGGUAAAGAAAACAGUUAAUAUCCACCCUUACAUUUUCCAGUUUUUAGAGCAUAUUGAUAAUGAAACCCUGUCACAGAGUCUGUUUAUGUCAAAACAAAUUAAUGCCUUUUAUGAGCUUGGCACAGGAGCUGUCAUCUUGAAUGGGAGUACUCCUGAAGAUCUCCUAAAAGCAGAAGAAGAAAUAAAGAAGGAACUGGACUACAGAAGCAUUGCAUUGGAGGAUGAGUCAGUCCUCCAGGACAAGGAAUGGCAGAUGCUCACCAAGGAAAACUGCUCUAGUGAAGCUGUAACAGUCACUCAGGCAGGAAGUCAGGUCGUCAUUGCUGGUUGUUCUCAAGCAGUAGCAAAAGCCUUUGAGGAACUCUCCAGCUUUAUAGAUGCAAACACACAGGUACAAAGGGUCAUUGGAGGGAAGCCCAUGGCGGUCAUGAUGUUUUUUGAGAAAGAGAAGGUUGAUGUUUGGGGUGGCUUACUGAAAAAAGGUGUGAAAGUUGACUUUAGCACACAGAAAAAGUAUAGGGUUAUAUCCUUGAGUGGAUCAAGGCCAAAAGUGCUGGAAGGAGUCAGCCUAGUUGAGCAAAUACUAUCUGGCCUGUACUAUAAGCGUGUGGUAAUUGGAGCACCAGGAGCCAAGUCAUAUUUCAAAGAGCACGAACGGGUUUUGGCCUCCCAUGCAAAACAAGAGUUUAAAUGUUUAGUCCGGCUGGAAGAGCACUCAGAAGAGCACCUGGAAGAACAGCAAGAACAUAGUAAUGAAGGCAAGCCCUAUAUGCAAGUGACCAUGGGUGAAAUUGUAAUAGCAGUUUAUAGAGCUGACUUAUGCACUCAUUCUGUUGAUGUUGUGGUGAAUGCGUCUAAUGAAGACCUAAAGCACAUUGGUGGCCUUGCUGAUGCACUGUUAAGAGCUGCUGGUCCAGCACUGCAAGAAGAGUGUGAUGAGCUGGUGAGGAAGAACGGGCAUUUCCAUCCCGGGAGCGCAGUUAUCACAGGUGCUGGGAAACUCCCCUGCAAGAACGUCAUUCAUGCUGUUGGGCCCAGGUGGAGGAAGGAGGAGCCAGAAAGGUGCGUGGACUUGUUGAGGAAGACAGUGAAGAAAAGUCUAGAACUAGCUGAAACAUACAAUUGUUCUUCCAUAGCUCUGCCUGCUAUAAGUGGAGGGAUUUUUGGCUUUCCACUGGAACUGUGUACAUAUUCAAUUGUAUCCUCUAUCAAGGAGACCUUGGAAGGAUCCAAGGGGGACAGCAGCUUGAAGGAAGUUCAUCUUGUGGAUAUUGUACAGGAUAACAUUCAGGCUUUCAGCAAGGCACUUAGAGAAGUGUUUCCAGAUUCUUCACCUUCCUACAGGUCCCUGCAUCAGGCCAGUAAAAUUCCUCAACCUAGGGAGCGCAAAAUUUCUCAAAAAAGCAAGAACUUACCAUGCAUAACAACUGAGGAAGGCCUUGAUAUUGUGCUGCAAACAGGAAGCAUUGAAGAUGCUACAACAUCCAUUGUUGUCAUCAGUGUUGGCAAAGAUCUCCAGCUUGAUAAAGGGCCACUUGCUAAAGCUUUGCUAAGCAAGGCAGGGCCAAUGCUUCAGACAGACUUGAGAAAAGAAGGCCUUGGAAGAGCUGAGGAGGGAGCUGUAUUGAAAACAAAUGGUUACAAUCUAGACUGCAGUGUUGUGCUUCAUGCUAUUGUACCUGCGUGGUUCCAGAGAAAAACAUCUUCAAAGGUCUUCGGUGACAUCAUCACAAAAUGUCUGGAGAUUGCUGAAGAACUGUCUCUAAAGUCAAUUACUUUUCCAGCAAUUGGGACAGGAAAUUUAGGAUUCCCAACCUUUAUUGUUGCUAAAUUAUUGUUUGACAAGGUGUUUGAAUUCAGUAGUAAAAAUGGAGUAAAUUCUCUUGAGGAAGUUCACUUUCUGUUGCAACCAAAAGACACAGCUCAUAUUCAGAUAUUUUUAGAAGAACUUGAGAAGAGGUGUGGAAAUACUGCAGGUGUUGAAAUGCAGAAGCCUUCUCCAAAUGAGGCUGGCCAAGGCACAGCUUUUUCUACUACCUCUUCAACCUCAGCACAUAAUUUACUUGAAAUGACAAUUGGCUCCAUCGUGUUCCAGGUGGCAGAAGGUGAUAUUACCAAGGAAAAGGGAGAUGUCAUUGUAAACAUAACAAACCAAACCUUCAACCUCCAAACAGGUGUCUCAAGAGCAAUUCUGAAUGGUGCCGGAAAAGCAGUUGAAGUUGAAUGUUGUCUACUAGCCCAAAAACCUCACAAGAGCUAUAUCAUCACCCAAGCAGGAAACCUACCAUGCAAAAAAAUAAUCCAUUUUGUUGCCCAAGAUGACAUCAAGUUUCUAGUUUUCCAGGUGCUCCAGGAGUGUGAAUUACAGGGGUACACCUCUGUCGCCUUCCCAGCAAUUGGAACAGGAGAGGCAGGCCGCAAUCCUGCUGAGGUAGCUGACAAGAUGAUAGAUGCAGUAACUGACUUUGCAAGAAGGAACUCUCCUGCAUCUGUGAAAACUAUUAAAGUUGUCAUCUUUCAGCCACAUCUGCUGAGUGUGUUCCAUGCAAGCAUGCAGAAAAGAGAAAGGCCUACUAAAACACCAGUCAAAUCAUUUAUUUCCAAGAUAAAAUCAUUCCGGAGCCCUGAGAAACGUUCCCCAAAGGAAAAAAGCACAGAAGUUUUGGAAAAGAAAAUUGACCUGGCUGUUGUGCAAAUUUGCGGUGAAAUUAAAAAGGAAGUGGAAGAAGCUGAAAACUGGCUGAGAAGUGCAAUUUCAAAGGAACAGCUUCAGACAGAAAUUGUAGAUGACUCCAUCUCUCAUUUCAGUAAAGAAGAGAAUGAGGAACUGCAUCACCUACAAAAGAAAUUAAAAAUUGCUCUUUAUUUGAAGGGUACCUCUAUUGGAAUUUCAGGUUUUGGGAAAGAUGUCUGGAUUGCUUAUUCAGCUAUUCAGAAAAUGAUCCUCAGGGUAAAAGCUACUAAACAGGAAGAGGUCCAAGCAGGACUUUUACAAAAUUUAAUUGAAUGGCAAUAUUUUGAAGAGGAUUCCUAUGUGCCCUUUGACAGUCUUACAAAUAUGCAGUUGGAAAAUGCUUACAGGGGAAAGCAGAAAAGUAUUUCAGUCACCAUUGGUGAUAAAAAAUACACAGUGGAUAUGAAACUUAAAUAUGCUGUGGAUGACCAAGGAAAACAAACAGCCAUUAGACGUGUUGAUAAAUCUGAAGAUCAAGAGUCAACAGUGCUCCCUGCAACAUGGGACAAUAUGGAAAAUGAGCGACUCAAAAUAGUGGAACUAAGACCAGAAACAAGAGAGUACAGAGAUGUGCAGGAAAGGUUUCUGCAGACCUGUCAGUCAUUCAGAAUUGAAAAGAUUGAAAGGGUACAGAACCCAUAUUUUUGGAAGGCCUACCAAAUAAAAAAGCGUGAAAUGGAUAAAAAAAAUGGCAACACAAAUAAUGAGAGGCUUCUGUUUCAUGGGACGAGUAAAGAGUCAUUAACCUUAAUUAACAACCGUGGAUUUGACCGGAGCUAUGCUGGAAUGCACGCUGCAAACUUCGGAAAUGGAACGUACUUUGCUGUUAAUGCCAACUAUUCUGCCCACGACAACUACUCUAAACCAGACACGAAUGGGAAGAAGCACAUGUACUUGGCUCGAGUCCUUGUUGGAGAAUAUUCUCAGGGCAGAAAAGGAGCGAUCACUCCAGAACCAAAAAAUGCUAGUAACUCUAUAGAUCUGUUUGAUAGUUCGACUGAUGAUGUGAGCCGGCCAUCCAUGUUUGUAAUUUUUAAUGACAUUCAAGCUUACCCAGAAUACCUUAUCACUUUCACUAGAGAUCCCCAAGAUAAAGAAGAAACUAUUAAAGAUAACAACUGUGCUGAAUCGGCUUUGACUGGGACGGCAGCGGAGCCCCGAGAGGCGGGUGCCUGCCCGGGAAAAGGCGCGGCGCCGCUCUGGGAAGCGAAAGCGAAAGCGGCGGGGAGCGGAGCCGUCGGUGCGGCGAUGGCGGGGCAGCGCCCGGGCGCCUUCCCGCUGCUGGUGCGCGGGGACUGGGGCUCCGCCGAGCCGCCGCCCGCCCUGAAGAAGAAGCUGCUCUGCUACUUCCAAAGCCAGAAGCGCUCGGGAGGCGGCGAGUGCGAGCUGCGGGCCGGGACCGACGCCGAGACCGGCACCGGGCACCUCCUCGUCUGCUUCGCCCGCCCCGAGGUGAAGCAACGAGUUCUUCAGAGACAGCCUCAUGAGUUGCAUUUGGAAGGAAAAGGAAAAGUGAAGUUGACUGUCACAGAGCCUGAAACCACACGAGCUACUGAAGAGGAGACACUUGAAGAAAAACUAGCUCCCACAGAGGCUCUGGAUGCCAUGAGCAACCUUCAAACAAAAGAGAGUUUUGUUCCAAGCAGCGAACUCCAGGAAGAAGCUGGCUUGGCAGAGACCUCACCUUCGGUGGUGUUUGAGAACAUACAAAAAUGCAGUCCAAACUGCUUACGUUUGCUGUUGGAGAACAUCAGCAGCCUGACUGUAGAUGAGGACUUCACUGUGGAAGUGAUACCUGAAAUAAAUGUUGCUGUAGCUACCUUUAUACAAAGUCUUGAUACUGAAGAGUUUGUGAAAACAUGUUUACAACACAAGAGAGUCAGAGAAUUCAAAAUGACUGCCAGGGUUCUUGAAUUAACCCGGACCAUCAAGGCCGAAAACCUCCCGGACAGCAUUUCCCCAGAUUACAUCACAGUUUACUUUGAGAGUGCGCGGAACGGAGGGGGGCCUGUGUCAGAUGUCCAGCACUUCCCUGAGGAGAACUCAGCCAUCAUUACUUUCUGUGAUCGCAAAGAUGUGAACACGGUCUUGGAAAAGCAGCAUUUGCUGGAACAGACACUGAUUUCUGUGCAUCCCUAUUACCACUCCCUGGGAACAGCUCUCUACGGAGGAGAAAGACCAACUAUCAAGAUGCCAGACCCUGUUGGGGUGCCACUAGACCCGUAUGUCUGGCAGUUUUUACAAAGGCAUAAUAAACUGAUCCAAGGCAUAAACCAGGAAAUGGCAGUUUGCCAUUGUGAGCUCAAAUGGCCCCAGGCAGACUGUGCAAACCCCAACGUCACGUUGUGCCCUUCGUCAUCUCUCUCCGAGCAGAACAAGGCAAUGAUUAAGUUGAUCAAGACGUGGAAGCAAGAUGCUUCUGAGGAGUUCUCACGUAUCAUGGCACGUUACACAGCUAUAAAAUGUAAAGUCAAGUCAGCAGAUUGGGGAGAUGUGAAAACCAGGUUGUUGGAAGAUGUUUCUUUGAUCAUAACUGAUAUUUCUGAGGACGUGGUGGCGAUUGCAGGCAGCAGAGCAGCAGUGGAGAGCGCAGAGAAAGAAGUGAGGGAAUGCAUGGAAAAGGCCAUGAAGCAAAGUGAAAGGGAAAAACAAAGCAUAGAAAUUUCUGUGCCAGUGGUCCCAGGGAAGUAUGCUGUGCUACACAAUGCUGGGUUAGAAGAGAGUAUUCACAAGGAAUAUCCAUGCCUCAGGAUCUUUUAUGAUGACAAAAUAAAGGCUGUUCAGUUCUGUGGAUUACCUGCAGAAGUAUAUAAAAUCAAAGCUGACUUACUGGAAAAGGUGUUGAGUAUGCCUUAUACAUCAGUGUCCAUUGAUCCCCAUGUUUUCCACUAUCUACAGGGUUUGGAUAAUAAAAAUAUGUCAGAUACAUUAUUCCUUCAGAAAAAAAUUAAUACUUUUUAUGAACUUGAGGAGGAUACUGUGUUGCUGUAUGGAGAUUCUCCCACAGACCUUUUAGAAGCAGAAAAGCAAAUAAAAAACAGCUUAGAAUCCAAGUGCAUCAAUGUGGAGGACGGUGAGGUCAUGAAAAAAGAGCAGUGGAAGAAACUUCUUGUCUCCUUGCAUAAGACAUACAGUUCUUCCCAGGAAACUGUAAUCACUGAGCAGUCUGUUGGAAAAGAAAAUAAAGUGAUUAUUGCUGGCUUUUCUAAGGCUGUGACAGAGGUUUAUCAGAAGCUUAAUGAUUUUAUAGAUAAAAACACGCUUGUGGAAAAAAUAAUCCCAGCAAGAUCAGUGGUGGUAGAGUUCAUAGAGAAGGAGAAAUCUGGUGCUUAUUGUGAAUUGAGGAAGAAAGGGGUGACAGUACGUUUUGACAUCAAGACACCAUGUAUUUCCCUGAGGGGACCAAGAGCAGAAGUGCCAGAAGCAGUCAACAUGUUUGAAAAACUUGUCUCAUCCCUUUACUCAAAAAAUGUGCCAAUUGAUAAGCCAGGAGCCAAAGAGUUCUUCAUUGAGAGGCAAGAUUCCUGUGUUUUUGAGGCAAAGCAGAAAUUUAGAUGUUUCAUUAGAAUCAAGGAAGAAGAAGAAAAACAACAACAACAAUGGAAGGGUGAGAAAGUGAAAAGAAAGCUCUACUAUGAAACAAGACUGCCACAUGGAAUUGUAGUAGCAGUGUAUAAAGGUGACUUGAGUGAUUAUCCUGUUGAUGUUGUGGUGAAUGCAUCUAAUGAAGACCUACAGCUCCUUGGUGGCAUUUCUGGGGCACUGUUAAGAGCUGCUGGUCCAGUGCUGCAAGAAGAGUGCGAUGAGCGGGUGAGGAUGAUCGGGCGUUUCCAGCCCGGGAGCGCAGUUCUCACGGGCGCUGGGAAACUCCCCUGCAAGAACGUCAUUCAUGCUGUUGGGCCUAGGUGGAGGAAGGAGGAGCCAGAAAAGUGUAUAUGGUUGUUAAAAAAGGCAGUGAAGAAAAGUCUAGAACUAGCUGAAACAUACAAUUGUUCUUCCAUAGCUCUGCCUGCUAUAAGCGGAGGGAUUUUUGGCUUUCCGCUGCAGACAUGUGCAGAUUCAAUUGCAUCUGCCAUCAAGGAGACCCUGGAAGGAUCCAUGGGGGACAGCAGCUUGAAGGAGGUCCAUCUGGUAGAUAAUGCUGAAGAAACCGUUCAGGUCUUGAGUGAGACAGUAAAAGAAAUGUUUUCAGGUAAAUCAUCUUCCCCAACACCGCACGUGGAAAGCUGUAAGAUGAGAAAAAGGCAGAAGAAGACAAAAGAAGGUGUGAAGAUGGUUACUACAAAGGAAGGACUUUGUGUCCAUGUAGAGGAGAAAAACACUCAGGAAGCCACGACGGAUGUUGUUGUCAACAGUGUUGGCCCAGAUCUGCAGUUUGGCGUGGGGCCUCUUUGCAAAGCCUUGCUGGAAAGAGCUGGACCAGCACUCCAAGUAGACUUUGACAAAGAAAAACAAAGUCAGGCUUCUGGUCCAGGGAGUGUGGUCUGCACCAGUGGACAUGCUCUGGCCUGCAAGUCCGUGUUUCAUGCCAUACUACCCGGGUGGAAUGGAGCAGAGACAGAGAAGGUCCUAGAAGAUGUAAUCAAUUUGUGCUUGAAGAAAGCUGAAGAACUUGAACUGAAAUCGAUCUCUUUCCCAGCUAUUGGGACCGGAGGAUUUGGAUUUCCUAAAACCAUUGUUUCUAAGUUAAUGUUUGAUGUGGUGUUUGAGUUCAGUAGUAGCCACACUCCAAAGAAUCUACAGGAAGUUCAUUUUCUCUUGCAUCCAAAAGAUGUUGAUAACAUUCAGGCUUUUACCACUGAACUAGAACAUAGGGUAGCUGCAAGUUGCAAUGCUGCAGCACCACAGCCAAGUUUCAUUAAGCCUGUUUCUACUGAAGUAUUGGGAGUUCAUGAAAUGAGGAUUGGUUCCAUCACGCUCCAAGCAAUUAGUGGAGAUAUUACCAAGGAAGAUACAGAGGUUAUUGUAAACAUAUCAAAUCAGUCAUUUGAUGCCAAAACAGGGGUCUCCAAAGCCAUUAUGGAUGCUGCUGGUUCCCAGGUGGUAGACGAAUGUGCUCAAUAUGCUGGGCAGCAUCAAAGUGGUUUUAUUACUACACAAGGUGGAAAUCUGUUGUGCAGUAAAAUCAUUCACUUGCUUUCCAGUAACCACGUGAAGAGUCAGGUCUCCAAAGUACUUAAUGAGUGUGAGCAAAGGAUGUACAAAUCUGUUGCCUUCCCAGCUAUUGGAACAGGUCAAGCAGGACAGAGUCCAGCAAAGGUGGCUGAUGAAAUGUUGGAUGCCAUAGUGGAAUUUGCAAGCAAAAAAUCAGUACAGCAUUUACAGACAAUUAAAAUCGUCAUCUUCCAGACGAAUAUGCUGAAGGACUUCUAUGAAAGCAUGAAGAAAAGAGAAGAUUUGGAGUCAUCCACAGCGGAUUCGUGGUUUUCUGUGCUUAAAUCCUUGAUUUGGGGCAAAAAACAAUCUACUGAGAAGAAAAAGCCCGUGAUUUUGGAGAAGAAAGUCAAUUUAGUCACGUUUCAAAUUUGUGGAGAAAGCCAAGAAAAUGUGGAUGCAGCUGAGUCCUGGAUAAAGGAUUUAAUUUUAAAGGAACAAAGUGAAACUACUUUUACAAAUGAGCUAAUUGAAAGUUUUGGUGAGAGGGAAAUUGCUGCUUUAGUAGAUCUCCAGAGAAGAAAGCAUGUCACCAUUCAGCUUGACAGUAAACUUUCUCCCCCAGUAAUUACUAUUUCUGGUAUUAGCAGAGAUGUCUGGUUUGUUUUGGUAGAAAUUCAGACAAUGGUCCAAAAAAUGAAGGACGUUGAAGAAGAACAAUCCAAGGCGGAACUUCUUUCUAACCUGGUAGAAUGGAGGUAUCUAGGAAGCAACGAUACCUUUGUUGCUUUUGAUAAACGGACAAAUAUGCAGCUGGAGGAUGCCAAACUAGCUAAAAAACCAUAUCUCAAUGUCAAAAUUAACAAGAAGAACUACAAGGUGGAUCUGAAUACUCUGCAGGCUCAUGAUGACCAAGGGAAAACUAUAAACAUUCAGCGUGUGUCAAAGAAUGAAGAGCUCCCUAAGGAGUGGGAAGACUUGCAAAAUGAACGGGUCAAACUGGUGAAUCUCAAGCCAUCACAUCCAGAUUACGGAACAGUUGAGAAGAUGUUUAGGACAACCUGUGCCAACUUUACCAUAGAGAAGAUUGAAAGAGUACAAAAUCCCUUCCUCUGGCAGACAUACCAAAUAAAAAAAAAAUCUAUCUGUAAAAAGAACAAAAGGGAAAAUAAUGAGAAGUUGCUAUUUCAUGGGACAGCUGCAUCCUCACUGAGCACAAUCAACCACUGUGGAUUUAAUCGCGGAUUUGCUGGAAAGAAUGCUGCAGCCAUUGGAAACGGAACCUACUUUGCUGCUCAUGCAAGUUAUUCUGCCCAGAAUCAGUAUUCUGUUCCGGAUGUGAAUGGCAAAAAACACAUGUACUUGGCUCGGGUCCUCACUGGGGAGUACUGUGCUGGGAAGGCUGGACUAAUCACUCCACCACCAAAGAACCCAGCAGAUCCUACUGACCUGUAUGACAGCGUAGUUGAUAAUGUGUCUAAUCCAACAGUGUUUGUCAUUUUUAAUGACAUUCAGGCAUAUCCGGAAUACCUUAUUACUUUCAAAUAAUAGAACAACCUUAAUAGUCUGGAAAAUUUUAGUGCCUUUUUACAUGUGUGAAUUAACAGGGCAAUUCUUUAUUCUUGUUUAUGUUUAGGUUUCUUUAGGUAGUUAUUGAUCUAUCCAUGUGUUUAAAUGUCUUCAAUGAGGACCAACAUAAGCAAGUAUUUUUGGACAUGCUAUUUCAAUAUUCACAUUUCAAAUUCAGUUAUGCAGAGGUGUAGGCAAGAGCUGUGAGAACAGCUCCAAUCUUUUCCUGUGCAUGGCAGA